UGCUGGAGGCCAAGAAUGGAACUGCUGGAGGCCAAGAAUGGAACUGCUGGAGGCCCUUUUCUGAUACCUCGACAACGAUUAUUUCCCAGAAACAGAAUCGUGAGUCAGCGGUGCAAGGUUAGUCAUGGCUUGUGACGGCGUUGGAAAGAGUCAGUCACGAGCUACGAAGAAAGAUGACAAAAGGAGAUUUGCAGGUAUGCUUUGGGAGAGACCUGGGCAGGGACUACGAGGUGCUCGAUGGAGAGCCUCACGAACACCGAAGGUCUGGGCUGCUGAAAGUGGUGUGAGAUUGGCGGUCCUGAUACCCGAACGAGAUAGCAUCAACGGAGCUCCUGGCCCUGGGCCUUUGCAAAAAGCAAUUCUUCCAAAAGCAAAUGCCCCUCCCUGAAACUGACAUAAGCGGCAGCAUUCUGUCAUACUUUGGUAGCUGCUGGACUGCCCCUGGUUCGACCCACUGUUCUCGAGACAGAAACUACCCCGCCAAACUUUUGCUGUAUCAACAUUUUGGCCUCCGUUUCUCGCCGCACGCCCGCCCAGUAACAGCUCCUCUGAGACGCCUCACCUGAGAGCAUAUCUGGCCAUAGUCCUCGUCCUGGUCACCUCGAGCUUCCCACCUCUCUGCUUUCUUCUCUCUGCGUCGACAGUCGAGCACAGGCAAAAUGGUCGGGCUGGGUCCAAAGCGCAAGCCGUCCCGCAAGGGUAAGUUACGAUUUCUCCAAGUGAAACGGACCCAGUUGCUGAGUCUCCGUCUCUUACAGGGUCGAUGGCCGACGUGCCAAAGAGCCUGCUGGAUGAAAUUGCAAACCUCGAAAACCUGUUCACCGUGGACGCCGCACGGCUCAAAAAGAUCACCGAUCAUUUCGUGUCGGAGCUCCAAGCUGGCCUGGAGAAAGAGGGAGGUAACAUCCCCAUGAACCCGACCUGGGUCAUGGGGUUCCCGGACGGCAACGAACAGGGCACGUUCCUCGCGUUGGACAUGGGCGGCACCAACCUGAGAGUCUGCGAGAUCACCCUCACGGAAGAGAAGGGCGAGUUCGAAAUCAUCCAGAGCAAAUACCGCAUGCCAGAAGAGCUGAAGACCGGAACUGCUGAGGAGUUGUGGGAUUACAUCGCCGACUGCAUGCAGCAGUUCAUCGAGUACCAUCACGAGGACGAGGACCUGGCACACCUGCCCCUGGGGUUUACGUUCUCCUACCCGGCGACACAAGACUAUAUUGACCAUGGCGUGCUCCAAAGAUGGACCAAAGGAUUUGACAUCUCAGGCGUCGAAGGGCAAGAUGUGGUUCCUCAAUUCCAAAAGGCUCUUGAAGCACGGAAUCUUCCCAUCAAACUCGUCGCUAUCAUCAACGACACGACCGGAACACUGAUUGCGUCGGCCUAUACCGACCAGACCAUUAGAAUCGGCUGCAUCUUCGGCACUGGCUGCAAUGCCGCCUACAUGGAGAACUGUGGCUCAAUACCCAAGAUCAAACACCUCAACCUCCCGGAUGACAUGCCCAUGGCCAUAAACUGCGAGUAUGGCGCCUUCGACAACGAGCACAAGGUCCUCCCCAUCACGAAAUACGACACCAUCAUCGACGAGACCUCGCCAAGACCGGGCCAGCAGGCUUUCGAGAAGAUGAUCGCGGGGCUGUACUUGGGCGAGAUCUUCCGGCUCGUGCUCGUCGACCUGCACGAGAACAAGAACCUGCUGUUCGAAGGCCAGGACAUUUCCGCGCUGAAGAAGCCGUACACCCUCGACGCGUCGUUCCUUUCCUUCAUCGAAGAGGACCCCUUUGAGAACCUGCAGGAGACGCACGACAUGUUCGAGGACAAGCUCAAGCUCCACGCCACCAAGCCCGAGCUCGAACUCUGCCGCCGCCUGUCCGAACUGAUCGGGACUCGCGCGGCGCGGCUCUCGGCGUGCGGAGUGGCGGCCAUCUGCAAGAAGAAGAACAUCGAGAGCUGCCACGUCGGCGCGGACGGGUCGGUGUUCAACAAGUACCCGCACUUCAAGGCGCGGGGCGCGGUGGCCUUGCGCGAGAUCCUGGACUGGCCGAAGGGCAAGAAGGACCCGGUGGUCAUGCUGAGCGCCGAGGACGGCAGCGGCGUGGGUGCCGCCCUGAUCGCGGCAUUGACGCUCAAGAGGAUCAAGGAGGGCAAUACCGCCGGCGUGCGCGACGUCAAGAAUUUCCCGGGUCUGACGUAGUACGCUCACCCGACGCGGAGGAAAUGCAUAUGGGGUGUUGGCGAGCAGCGUGGUUCCUGAAGGAAGAUUUUAUGAUAAAGAGAGUGUGCCACGCAUGCAUGCAUGCAUACAUGAUACUUACACGGUCGCGGUCGUACGCAAACUUGAGCUAUUACUGACCCCCGCGGGGGUAGAAAUCAUCCUGCUACCUACUCGCGUAUCUCCCACAGUCUGAUCUUUCCCUGCUCGUUCCCCACUGCGAGGUAGCUCCCGUCCGGCGACAAUGCGGCGGCACUGAUCCUCCCCAACGGCGUCUUGUCGGUCGGCCAGUUCCGGUA